UUUCUCCUCGGAUUCGCCUGUUGCUGACUGCUGAGCGAUUGAGCGGCGAGGCAAUAGGAUAGUAGGAAUGGAGGCCAGCAUCUCGGCUUCUCUUGGUCUUCCAUCCCCGAAUCUCUGUGAUUCUUCAAGUCUCACUGACUUCACUGGCAUCUUAAACCACUUCAACACAAUCACUCGCACCUCCAAUGACGCACACGGAUUCGAAUUUGGCGACGGGCGCAUUCCCAAACUCACGUUUGCUUCGACCUCCAUGGCUACUCAGACCCACGCGACGCCUACAUCCCAGAGAUUUCUAAAACCCACAUCAAGAAACAGCCCCAAGGUUCAAACGCUAAUGAAGAAUCUCUCGGUUUUCGAACGAGCCCUUAUCGGCGCAGCUGGCGGCGGCAUUGCUGGAGCAUUUACCUACGUCUGUCUGCACCCGCUAGAUACCAUCAAGACGAAGAUGCAAACCAAAGGUGCGUCGGAGAUUUAUAAGAAUGCUUUCGAUGCCAUUGUUAAGACCUUCCAAACAAAGGGGAUUCUAGGGUUUUACAGUGGUGUUUCGGCGGUGAUUGUUGGUUCCACGGCUUCGUCGGCGGUGUAUUUUGGUACUUGUGAGUUUGGAAAGUCGUUCUUGUCGAGAUUUGAGAAAUACCCUUUGGUUCUGAUUCCACCAACGGCUGGCGCAAUGGGCAAUAUUGUGUCUUCUGCAAUAAUGGUUCCAAAGGAGUUGAUUACUCAGCGAAUGCAAGCUGGGGCUAAAGGCAGGUCUUGGGAGGUUUUGUUAAAAAUUUUGGAGAAAGAUGGUAUAUUAGGUCUUUAUGCAGGGUACUCUGCUACAUUAUUGAGAAAUUUGCCUGCAGGGGUUUUGAGUUAUUCAUCAUUUGAGUAUUUAAAAGCCGCAGUAUUGCGUACGACGAAGAAGAAUCAUUUGGAGCCAUUUCAGAGUGUCAUGUGUGGGGCACUUGCUGGGGCAAUAUCAGCUUCUCUCACUACACCACUUGAUGUGGUCAAGACCAGAUUGAUGACUCAAGUUCAUGGGGAAGCUAUGAAUAAAGUUUCUCCUGCUAUUUACGGUGGAGUUUCAUCUACUGUGAAGCACAUUUUGAAGGAAGAAGGUUGGGUUGGAUUGACUAGAGGGAUGGGUCCUCGAGUUCUUCAUAGUGCUUGCUUUUCAGCACUGGGUUAUUUUGCGUUUGAAACAGCAAGGCUUACCAUACUGCACCAAUAUCUUAGGCAGAAGCAAUUAAGUGAAAUUUCUGUUUCCCCUAGCUGAGUUAACGGCAUCUGUGGUAUUCUUUAACUCCCUUUUGUUGCUUUUACAAAUGAGUUGUUUUUGUUUGUAAUGUAAACAUUUGUCAUAAGGAAUUACAGCUACCCACUUUUCCACUAUAUGUUUGAUGUACUCCCAUUCAAUAAUAGAAACUAGCAUGCAUGAUGUUUCAAAAUAAUUGUGGUUAUAUCAGUCUCCCAAUAGUUUGUAUCCCAUGCACUGGCAUAAGGAUCAGUGAAGAAAGAGAUAGGGAAUGGUCCAGUCUAGUUUAUGGUUUUAUCUAAUAGAGUCUUUGAUGUUA